UUGGCGCGACAUUAAUGAACUCGCCUGUUUGUGCUCCCCCGGCCCCUCUCUCCUCCCACCGCCCGGGGGGCACAGUAUAUAUCCGUCCCUCCUCGCCCGCCUCGGGCAUUUCGGGGGCUCCCCCCUCCUGCCCCCCUUUGCCCGCCCGGGGAUGGAGCGAGGAGGGAAGAGAACACGGGGCGCUCUCCUCGGGGUCUGCCCGGUCCCCCCCGUGCUGCUGCCGCUGCUGCCGCUGCUGCAGCUGGCGGCGGGGGCCCCCCUGGGCCAGGGGCUGUACCCCAUGCCGGCCGGUGUCCUGCAAGCGCUGUCGAGCCGGGGGACGCUGGUGCUGGAGGCGGCGCUGAGGAGCGCGCUGCUGGCGCUGGAGCGGGCGCUGGCUGAGCAGCAACGGCAGCAGGGUGCCUGCGGGCUCUGUGCCCCUUGCCUCUUCCCACCCUGUGCCAACCUCACCCGCUACUGCCCACCGCUGGCCGUGCCCCCCGCCGUGCCACCCAGCUGCCAGGCCCUGCUGGAUGCCCAGGCGCUGCCCGAGCUGCCCCAGCGCAACUGGGCACUGAGUCAGGCCUGUGCCCCCUACCAGCGCCUGUGCCCACCCGAGGGGGCCCAGCAUGCCUGCGCCCAGCUCAGCGCCCGACUCUGCCGCCACCGCCUCCAGGAGUGCCGGAUGGCAGCUGCAGCCCCGGACCCUGAUGCACCAGCAGAAGCGGCGAUGCCAGGGAGCUGCGGGCACCGUGGGGGACCCCAAGCCAACGCCACAGCCCCCCGAGGACGGAUCAUGGGUGGCAGCGUGGCCCCACGGGGGGCCUGGCCCUGGCUGGUGUCGGUGCGGCUCCACGGGGAGCUGAUGUGCGGAGGGGUGCUGGUGGGACGCUCCUGGGUCCUCACCGCGGCCCACUGCUUUGCCGGGAACCCGAAUGAGCUGGCGUGGACAGUGGUGGUGGGCGACCACGAGCUGGGCAAGCUGGGUGCGGGCGAGCGAGCAGUGCCCGUCCGGCGCAUCCUGCCUCACCCCAAGUUUAAUCCCAAGACAUUUCACGGGGACCUGGCGCUGCUGGAGCUGGCGGUGACGCUGGCCCCUUCGCCCACCGUCAGCCCCGUGUGCCUUCCCAGCAGCCCUGCGGAGCCCAGCCCUGGCACGACCUGCUACAUCGCAGGCUGGGGCUCCCUCUACGAAGAGGGGCCAGCAGCCGAUGUGGUGAUGGAGGCACGGGUGCCCCUGCUCAGCCAGGAGACGUGCCAGGGUGCCCUGGGCAGGGACCUGCUCACCAGCACCAUGUUCUGUGCCGGUUACUUGUCUGGGGGCAUCGACUCCUGUCAGGGUGACUCGGGGGGCCCGCUGGCGUGCCAGGACCCCUCCUCCCACCGCUUCAUCCUCUAUGGCAUCACCUCAUGGGGUGAUGGCUGCGGUGAGCGGGGCAAACCGGGCGUCUACACCCGUGUCGCUGCCUUCGCGGACUGGCUCAGCCUCCAGAUGGACCCUGCCCCCGGCAGCCGGGAACCGAGCUGCUUCGACCUGCUGGCGCUGGCCCAGCUGCCCCCCGAGCGGCAGCCACUGGAGCGUGCCCGCCUCUGCGCCUUCUAUGCCCGGUCCUGUCAGGCCCCCCAGGGCCGGGCCGCCUGCACCCGCAUGGCCGAGGAGACCUGCCGUGCCAGGACUAGACGAUGCGAGCUGCACUCCUACGCCCAGACCUUGGUGGAUCUCCUGCGCCGGGCUGGGGACUUCAUCCGAAACCAGUUCGACUUCUCCUUCCUCACUCGCGCCCUGCCUCAGCUCCUGGGCAAGAUCUAUGGGCAUCUCUUCCCACCCCGUGUCCGCAGGGAUGCCCCAGGCCCAGCUGUGGCAGGGGGCCAGCCCAGCCCCACGGCAGAAGGACCCCAGAGACCCCCCCCCAGCCUAAAGCACUGCAGUCCUGCUCUUCCUGCAACCAGGGCACACGCGGAGGGAGGUGGACAUGGCCCCCUGGUGUGCCCAGGGCCAUCCAGGCGGGGGGCCGGGCAGGCACCCCACUUCGCAGGGCUCUUCAGGGCUGUGGGGCCCCGGCUGCAGGACUGGGUGGAGGCGCUGAGGGCCAUGGCGGGGGGCAGCCCCCCGGCACCCACCCCGGACGGGGGGCAGCUCCCCGGGGAGACGUGGCUCUUCUUGCAGCAGGGCGAGGAGGUGGUGGAGGAGCUGGUGGGACAAGGACGAGCCUUCCUCGCCCAGCUGCGGGCAGAGCUGGACCUUGGCACCCCUCUUGAGGCCAUGGAGCUGCGAAGGGCACCCGGAGAGCUGACGGGGACCCCCAUGCCGAGCUGGUCGGCGCCAAGGGAGAAACGUGAGCUGGUGCCCACGGAGCUGCCGGAGGUGGAGGAGGAGGAGGCAGGCGCAGGCAGAGCCUGCCCCGGCCUCAACGAGUCGGCAGUGCGGGUGGGUGCGGUGUGGGAGCUCUACGCCUGGGUGCUGCGGGUGCCCGAGCCGGACCUGGCCAUGACCUUCCAGGAGAUCCUGGUGGACUUGGGCUCCAAAAACGCCAAGGGGCUGUACCGGGCGCAGGUGCGGGCCACGGUGGGGGGCCGCCCCACGGCCUUCACUGGCCUCGUGGGGCUGGAGAGCGACUCGCUGGCCCGCAGCAUGCCUGGCCUCGUCGCUCUGGCGCUCGAGGCGCUGAAAACCUAAUGGUGCCCCUGGUGCACCAUGCCAGUAUGGGGACAGGGCACUGGGGCAGGGGUCCCUCAUGUCCUUCAAACACAGCCCCCUCCCUGGCUCAGGCUCUUCCACCAUUUUGUCCCCAUUGUGCCUCAGUUUCCCUCUUCCCGCCAGCACUGCCCGACCUCCCCAGGGCAAUGGGGUGCCAGGGGGCAUCUGAAGCAUCUCAGCCUGGGAUCAUAGCCUUCCUCUCCCCAGGGACCCCCACCUUGGCAAGCCCACCCCCAACCCAUUUUCCCUAGAGGCACUCAGGCUGUUAUUUAUUUGUACAGAGAAAGGUUUAUUUUUCAAUAAAGAAGGGCUCUAUUUUCCGGUA